AUGGGGAGUCCGAUAUCUCCGUUAUUAUGUGAACUAGUAUUACGGCGAUUAGAAAGUAAUGUUCUGCCCGUCUUUAUAAAUGACAUACUUGUAUAUGCAAGAUACGUGGAUGAUGUUUUCAUCAUUUGGAGGAAUAAUAAUAGGGCUCAAUAUUUCCUUAACAAAAUGAAUAACAACCCGUAUGGUGUAACUUUAUCAUUGGAACAGAUAAGUGAAAUUAACGUAAAUUUUCUGGAUCUGUCCAUAACUUGUAAAUAUGGUGAAAUAUGGACAAAUAUUUAUCGAAAGCCUAGCUAUCUUCCUAUUAUUAUACCGAAGAAUUCCUUUGAUCCUCAUAAUUUUAAGAAUGCAGCCUUUCGAUCAUGGAUAAAGCGGGCCUAUACCCAUUGUACGAGUAUGGUUGACACACACAGAGAAUUAAAUAACAUACGUACAAUAGCUGUACAACAGGGAUAUCGUAUAAGUGAAAUUAAUGCUCUUAUUGAUAAAUUUUGUAAUCAAACAAAUAAGCAACCUACAACUAAGAACCAAGGACGAAGAGUAGUUCUCAACUAUAUUCCUUUCCUUCAAUCGAUGAUUAAAAAAGUAUCUCAAAAGAAUAAUUUAAGAGUUACCUAUCGUCGUAAUCCGACGAUUUAUAGAAUUUUACGAAAUGACAAGAAGAAAGGAAACAGUUACAAUACUACAGGAGUUUAUUCUAUUCCAUUAAGUGAUCGCCGUUUUAAUUCAGAGCUAGUUUACGUUGGUGCCACCAUGAGACUUUUAAAACAGAGGAUUAAAGAACAUAAAUAUUCUAUUACUAAAAACGUGGACAGCACCGUCCUUGCAGCCUUUGCUAAACAUCAAGAUAUUAAUGUACAUUGGGACAAAGCAUCUAUAAUUAGGACAGCCACCAACAAACAAGUCCUUAAACAUAUUGAAAAACUUGAAAUUUACAAGGCGCAUAUCAACAAAGGAUGCAUCAACCAUAGAGACGCAGAAAGUCUAUCCUGCGCAUGGAAAUCUUUUUACCAUGACGAUUAA